AGCAUCUCAUAUGUAACCAGCCACGGGGAUUUCACAUUUAGACCAUAAAGGCGUUCUUUCUCGUAGCCAAAGCUGACAAGCACCAACAGAUGUGCUGGAAAUUAGGGAACAAAUUGUUAUUUUGGAAUGAAUGUGAAAUGCUUGGGCAGAUGUUGGAGUGUUUUGAUUUCUGCUGUAAAGCGUCUUUGCAAUUUAGAUUGUUAGGAAGGAGGAACGUCUGAACAUGGAGCAGGAAAACAAGACACAGACGUUUCCUUUAAACACCUGCUACAAACUGGCUUCAUUCGUACUGACGGAAACGACCACCACAGCAUGUACGCUUUUGAAUCUUUUUCUGAGUAGCAUGUCUGCAGUGACUGUGUGUGGAAACCUCUUGGUGAUAACCUCUGUGGUUUACUUCAGGCAGCUCCACACUCCCACUAACGCUCUGGUCCUCUCACUGGCUGUGACUGAUCUACUGGUGGGAGCAGUAGUCCUCCCCCUCACUAUGAAGUUCUCUGUCAGCACAUGUCUGUACAAUCGAAGUGUCUUCUGCCUGAUCCGACGUUCUUUGGAUAUGAUAAUAGGAUCCUGCUCCAUUCUGAACCUGUGCUGCAUAUCUGUGGAUAGAUAUUAUGCUGUUUGUCAGCCCCUGACGUACAGAUUAAAAAUCAGCAAUCCCGUCAUUGGUGUUAUGAUCCUAACCAGCUGGUUGCUCCCAGCCUUGUUUGCUGUUGGUUUUCAGCUGGGAUUUAACAGAGCAAACUGUGUGCAACGCUGUUUAUCCUUCGCUUUAUUGACACAAUUCAUAUCCUUUGUUUUCUUAUUCUACCUGCCGCUUAUUUUGAUGUUGUGUCUAUAUUUCAAGAUUUUCCUUGUUGCACAAAAGCAGGCGAGCAGCCUCCAAAAGCACACCAAGUGUAGAGAAAACCCCAACAGGACUGAGAAGAAGGCAACAAAAACUCUGGCUAUCGUAAUGGGAGUUUUCCUAUUGUGCUGGCUGCCUUCCUUUUUCUGCAUCACCGUCGUUUCUUUCAGCAAGUCGACAGACACCGGCCCACUCAUAGAAAUCCUGAACUGGCUCGCCCUGUCAAACUCUCUGCUUAAUCCUUUCAUUUAUGCUUUCUUUUACAGCUGGUUCAGAUCUGCUUUUCGGUUGAUCAUAUCAGGGAAAAUAUUUUUCACUGAUUUGACUAACAUGACACUUCAGUAAUUUCCCUUCAGUUUUCCCUGCAUUUGACCAAAAAUGACAGACUGAAAAAAAAGAAAAAAACAGAAAAUGAUGGAUACACUUUGUCCAUCACCCUUUCAUCUAAAUCAGGGGUCUCAAACUCGUGACCCGCGGGCCAUCUGCGGCCCGCAGGAUGAUAAUUUGCGGCCCGCGUCUUCAUAUGAAAGAUUACUGUUCGUG